AUGAGCUCCAGUCGUGCCAAUCGCGCCAAUCGUGUGUUGCCAUGGGUGGCGGGGCUACAAUCUCAUAUGCUUCCCAAGCGGGUUGGGUCGAGGAAUGCGACAACGCUCGAUCGUGUCUCCAGCUUCACAACCACAAGUCAUUGGGACCUUUGCCUUGCCGCUGACAGUGUCUGUAUCAUCCUUUCCACAGCCGAUAGAACUGUCAACAUUGCAGCUGCCAUGGACGAUCAGUUUGGCGGUCGCACCGACGACGAUUUGUUCUCCGACGACUUCGAGCCCCUCACCAAUGCUGUCACCGAGGUCCCUCCGCCGCCCGCGCCUGUAAUCGCACCAGCGCAAGGUGCGCCUCCAAAUCAGGCUGUCGAGAUCCCUGCUGGAAAGCCCGAUAGAUCACCGGCGCCUGCACCCGUCAAGGCGAAACCUGUGGUCAAAGGUUUGGCGCACUCAAAGUACAGCGACAAGCCUGCCCCGCGCCCUCCACGUCAGCCUGCCGCCAACAGCCCCUCGAACGCCAGCAAACCGAGCACACACCAGAAGCCGGCCGUCAACUCGCCGGCCGCCAGCCAGCCGGCGGCAAGCCAAGAAGCUCCAAACCAGGAGGCCUCCAGUCCGAGCCACGCGGCCCAGCCAGGCAGCGCGAGCAAUGACACGGCACCCCCUCCGUCCGCUCCCACUGGCCCCAGCGCAGGACCAAACGCGCCGCGCGCGGGCAAAAAGACAUCGGGAGUAGCACUGCCAGGCCAGAACACGGCGCUCAAGUCGGAAUCGCGCAUCAAGUCGGGGGCUAACCCGCGGACAAAACUCACCGAGGGCGAGUUGACCGAGAGAUUGGAGAAGAUGGCAAUCCUGAGUGCCGAGAAGGCGCGCAAACAUGAACUGUCCGAGGCCGAUGAGCGAACCCACGCCGCUGCUUAUGCCCACGGUAUGGAGGAGGCAAAGAAAAAGAAGGCUGCCGAGGCUGAGCGCAGGAAACGUGGGGAGGAGGAGCGGCGGCGGAUGGAUGCUGAACGAGCCAAGAACCGUGAAGCGGGAAGCUCAAGGCCAUGGAAAACAAGACGGGCGGCUGGGACCAGGGCAAGAUCGAAGAACAAGAACCAGGGAAGGGGACCGCAAAAGAGCGAAGAAGUCAAGUUCAGAGACAUGCGCUUUCUGUAA